GAUCCAUCCAAAUUUCGGAGCACCUUAUCAAUUCCUGGUUCGAUUUGCUGCUCAAGGAUUCUCCCAUCGUUCAAAUCCCACCUGGACUUGAAAUACACUGCAGUUCUUUGAUUUAUUUCACUGAUAUCGUGACGCAUGCUUUUCUCGGCGCCGUUCAUCACAUUGCGUGAUGUGCAAUGAACCACUCUUCUCCUUGCCAUCUAGUGAUCCUUCUUGAAGAAAAAGUGUCGCGACUUUCCGAAGCUGUGACAUAUUCCUCUCCCGAUUUACCUCAUCCUUUUGUUAUCAAGGCUGCAAAUACCGCAGACAACUUUGUUUCUUCUUCACAGCGUGACUCUGUAAAUAGGGGAAAUAGAACAUUCUCCACAAUUACUCUAGAGUAUUACACGUUCGAAGAAGUAUCCAGAGAACUCCGCGAUAACUUGACGGGACAGCCCCACAUCUCCUCAGACAUGGCCGAGGGCUGUCCUGACAGUGCAACCAUUGUCUUUCACUCCGGCAACCCGGUUGUGGAGACCACUGAGGGGAUUGUGCAUGUCUAUAAAAAUGACCUUGGUUUGCAAGCUUCCGAAAACGGAGUCACGUCGACUAUGUUAUGCAUUUUUUCUGUGCCUUCUCACGUCACCGUUAAAGACUUGCUGAAUUUUGUUUCUCCCAUGAGAGAAUCAAUCGAAGAGUUGAAGGUUGUGAAAGCUGGAGGACCCCACCAUUAUAUGGCGUUGCUGAAAUUUCGUUCCCAGAGAGAAACGGAUCAAUUUUACAGAACGUACAACAACACUUGCUACCGAAAUUUGGAGUCUGAAAUUUGUCAGCUUAUGUAUGUCUCACACGUAGAAAAGACACAUCCGUCAAAGGCAAUUCUCUUCAUCUAUCAACAUAUUAGUGUAGGGUACGGCGUUCCCCACAAAAGAUCUUUUGGAAUUGCCUUCUUGCCCAGUGUGUCUGGAAAGACUCGUAAGUUCUCUAGGACCCCUUUUUAA